ACCACUCCCAGUGAAGUCUCUCUUGAAAUGAGAUUCCUGAGUGUCACCUCUGCCCCAGGAAGAGCAAGAGUCUGUGAAAGCUGCACCUGUGGAAGAGCCUCCCUUCUGGCCACCCUGCUUCCCAUGAGGAGACACUGGCUGGGUGGGGGCCCUGGAGUCCACUGACCCAGCUCCCCUGUAGCAUGUGGUCCCUGUAGACCCCCUGUGCUUUCUAACCUGAACUUCAGGGGUAGGAAGGCAGACUCAGGGGAGUCUGAGCUUCCAACACUGGAAGCUGUGGGAGAGGGGUCAUGAGCAGAACAGCAUGCCACAUGGCACUGCCACCACCAUUCCAGCCUUGUGUCUUUCCUGGAGUGUCACAGCUUCCAUUUGUCCUUCUCCAAUUCAUUCUCCGCACAGAUCCCACGUGUGCUCAGUCCCUUCAGUGCUGGCAGGCUGCUGUGGAGCGACGUCCAUUCCCUCUUUCUGACAUGGCCCAGGAGUCUGGAGACCUGGCGUCUGACUGUCAGUUCUGGCUGCAGAAGCUCUCUGGGUGGGACCAGGCCUGCACUCUGGAGACCCAGCAGGACACCUGUCUUCACCUUCCUCGGUUCCAGGAAUUCCUGAGACAGAUAUAUGAAGCCCUGAAAGAGGCGGAUCCUACUACGAUCAUGGAAAGAUUCCCCACAAUCCGUCAACUGUUAACAAAAACCUGCCAGAAUCCUUUUAUCUUAGCAUAUGAUGAAAGCCAGAAAAUUGUAAUAUGGUGCUUAUGUAGUCUGAUUAACAAAGAACCACAGAGUUCUGCAGAAUCAAGACUUAACUCCUGGGUUCGGGGUUUGUUAUUGCAUAUACUUUCAGCAUUCAGAUUUGAUGUAAAAGAAGUUGGCCCUUUCACUCAGUGUCUUGGGUACGAGCCUGCGGAUUACUAUCCUGGUUUGCUUAAAAAUAUGGUGGCAUCAUUAGUGUCUGAGCUCAGGGAGGAUCAUCUUAAUGGAUCGAACACUCAAAGACGGAUGGCUCCUGAGCGUUUGAUGUCCCUGUCACGCAUCUGUGUCCCUCUUGUUACUCUGCCUGAUUGUCAACCCCUGGUGGAGGCCCUGCUCACCUACCAUGGCCAAGGGCCUCAGGAGGUCCUCUGGCCCGAGCUCUUUGAAGCCAUCAACGAGGCCUUUUUGCUGAAGAAGAUCUCUCUCCCCGUGGCGGCUGUCACCAGCCUAUGGCUUCGGCACCUUCCCAGCCUUGAAAGAGCAGUGCUAUGUCUUUUUGAAAAGCUCGUCUCCAGUGAGAGGCAUCGUCUGAGAGAGAUCGAGUGCUUUGUCAAAGAUUCGUUACUGCCUCAAGCAGCCUGCCACCCGGCUGUGUUCAGAAUUGUCGAUGAGAUGUUCAGGUGUGCACUCCUGGAGACGGAUGGAGCCCCGGAAGUCCUGGCUGCUCUUCAGGUGUUUACACGGUGCUUCCUGGAAGCUCGGGACAAGGAAAACAAGCAGCUGAGGUUUGCGUUCAAGGCCUACUUUCCUCACGCCCCUGCGUCUCUUGCCACAGUGCUGUCGCAACUUCCCGAAGGUCUCCCCCAGGGACGCUGGCUCCAGCGACUGCAGCUCAUCUCCCAGCAGCUCAGAGAGGCCGUGGAAAACCAGCCCCAGGGAUCCCGUGGGGGGCCCCUGCGGAGCUGGUUUCUGCUCGCCCACUUUGGAGGAUGGGCUGACGUGGCCGCCGAGCAGUUACUGAGGUCGGACAUGGACCCGCCUGCAGCCUUGCUGUGGUUCCUGGCCUUCUACCACGGCCCUCAGGAGGGGGCCCAGCAGAGAGCACGGACCAUGGUGCAGGCUGAGGCCGUGCUCCGCCGCCUCCGUGAGCUGUCGGGAAGCGCCUGCCUCUCGGCCAGGGAUCUGCAGGCUUUGGGGGAGAGCAGCCCGGGGGACCCCAGAUCGCCUGCGUGCACCCAGCUCAUCAGGCAGCUCCUCCUCACCUUCCUGCUCUGGGCUCCCAGAGGCCACACCGUCGUCCGGGAAGCCACGGCCUUUAUGGCCCCCACCCAUGACGUCACCCAGGAGGUUAUUGGCUUUCUGGACCAGACCUUGUACAGAUGGGACCAGCUGGACACGGGAGCCUCUGGGCCAGGAGCACUGGCCAGGGCACUCCUUCAAGAGCUGCGAGCGCAAGUCUAGCGGGGACGCAGGCCCUGAGGCGCCGUGGGCCGGGUGCCAUCUGCCGAGGCUGGGCCCCGUCUGUGGAGCGCUCUCUUGAGCUUAGAGACUGAGCCAUCGCCAUCUCGGGAUGGUCGGUAGCACGUAGGACAAAAUGAGAAGCCGUGUGCUUGACCAUACUUGGCCCCUGUACCCACAAGUGACCCAGAGGCCUGCCCAGCCCAGGACACCAUCCAGGGACCUCAGCAGGAUGGGCUGUUCCAUUUCUGGUCCUUCAAGCGAGAUGUGGGACUUUUUUUUUUUUUUUUAAUGAUUCAAAGUCUUUAGACGAAAAUCCAGUCAACUUGGCCUUGGUCUGAAGCUUGGCCUCUUCUCCAAGGUGCUUCCCAGGGCUCAGGCUGCUGUUCCCUGGGACCUGAGAAAGGUCAUGGACUCUGGCUCCCUGGCAUUCUUCCUCUAGGAGUGGACCCCUCAGGUUUCCCCCAGGGCCCCCUGACCAGCCCAGGGGAAAGCCGCUCACCAUGGGGGGUCCCUGGUGCUGAGCAGAGGAGCACAUGGCGCAGGGAGCCGGCCUGGCCCAGGGUCUCGGCCCUGGGUCAAUGCUGCCUGCCACCAAAGGGCUCCUGCUACUACACAAGGGUCCACAGUGGCCCUGGAUGCAACAGGAGAGGGUGACACUGCACCAAAACAAGAAUUGGGUCCUAACAGAACCAGCGGCCCUGAGUCAGUGUCCCUCAGUUGAGGACGUGGUUCAGCCUCAUUGUGCCUUGCACUGCCCUUGGCUCUGCUGUGGAGGUCUGGAGUGACCCGGGGCCCCCUCUCGCCCUCUGGUUUAUGUGAUGGACGUCUUUGGGUCUUGCUCCUUUGAGGUGUGAGGUUUUGUGGGGUUGGAAGUUCACCUUUAGGGGAAUCACGCUGCUGAAUGAGCCAGCCCCAGGCCCUGGGGCCUGGGCCUUUCUGCUGGGGAACGUCUUGGUGUGGACAUCAGGGUCACUGUGGUGUAAAGGUUCCUCAGAGUGCACAGUGGCCCUGGAAGGAGGGCUCCCUCCUGUGCUGACUCUGAACCAGAGCCUGGGGACCUGCCCUGGGACCUGGGGUCAGCCCCUGUGGACGUGACGAGAGGCUGGAUUUGGUGGCAGCACGUGACCCCAACAGGAGGGGCCCCGGAGGCAGAGCCCCCGUGUGGGUGGGCUCCAGAGGAAAAUGCAGAGCGUCCUCCUCACCGCCAAGUCCCCAGUCGCCCUCCCUGCUCCCAAGUUCCCUGCGAUCCCACCUGACCCUGUGCCCCGCAGUCUCACAGCAAACAAUAAAGCCAGGUGCUUUUCCAGCUCAGGUCCCAGCCACGUUCCUGGAAGGUCUCCUGACUUUUCUGUGCCCUGUUGGUAGAGUCUCCAUCCUUGACUCGGUGCCCUGGGCACAAGAGCUGGCACCUUCCUCCUGGUGCCGACCAGCUGUGGUCCAGUGAGCCCCGGCCUGGUGGGGACUCCUGCAGAAAGGCAGGGCUGGUCUUGUGACUGAUGCUUCCCCUGUGCCCUUUCCCAUGCCCAUAAAGGUACCCAGGGGGAGGUGUUCCAAGGUGGGAACAGGGCAGCUAAGGCCACAGCCCCAGGGACGCUGUACAGCCUCGCCCAGCAGCUCCCACAUCCAUAGGGACCCCAGGCUGCCGGCCACCUGCUCUGCUGCAGAGAGGGAGCAGGUGUCCGGGGCAGCCACUGCUGCUGGCGGGCCACCCCCGGCAUGGCAGAGAAUCAGGCCCCCGAGGGUUGUCUGGCUGACCCUCCGUCCUCUUCCAGCUGCCUUAGGUUCUAGGGAGGCUGGACGUGGGGUUCUUCUAGUUUUUUCAAAGUGGGGGUGCAGCUAAAGGUGCACUUGGUGAGAACACGCGUCAGGCAGAGGCCGCAGGCGGGUCCCCGGGCCACAUGGCGCCAGCCCCAGCCCUGCUGGCAGUGCACCUAUCUGUCGGGGGUCUAAGCCCCCACUCGGCGUCCCACUGAGGUGCCUUCAGCAAGGACGACAAUGGGGACCCUAGACACGGGCAGCCCAGGGGCUGGUCCUGGUGUGGAACUCGCUGACCUUCUCCAGCGUUUCUCCUGGGGCUGCGAGGAGGAGGCUGUCCCCACGCCUUCCUGACAGCAUCCAGCGCCUGCCUGGCCGCCAGCACCCAGAGCCCCCUGCCCGGGGCAGAACCUGCCACAAAGAAGUGGCCACGACUGGGCACGUCUUCAUCCCAAACAGGCAGCUUGCACUGAACCUUUGAUGCAUUGAAUGUUUUAAUUUGUCCCUUAACCACCCCCUUCCCCCUGACUGUGGAAGCUUCAUGUCGCAAAACCCAGCUCUGACCCUGAAAAGACUGACCGUGGUCACCCUCGGGCCAGGAGCGGCCACCGAGAGGGUGCUGUCCUCUCUGGAAGCCAUGCGUAGCGUGAGUGGGACCGUCUCAUUCACCGUCCUCCCCCCUCCCAGGCCGGCAGGGCUAUGGGGCCGUGUGCCCUGCUCCUCUCGGUUCAGACUCGUGUCCUUUGCCCUCCUGCUCCUCGGAGUCAGGACGAUGGCCUCGGCCGGCUCCAUUCAGGCCUCCACGUGGCAGCCCGUGCUGCUCUGGGUUUGCUGCCACCCAGCAGCCUCGCUCAGCCUUCUGGGUGACCGUGUCCUGGCACAGGAGCUGGGGCCUGGGACCACGGCAAGGAAGCGUCCACGGGUGCAGAUGGCCGUGGAUGGGACCCAGCUCCGGAGGAGCCUCCUGCCUGAGCACUGGCUGCUGCUCUCUGGGCCUGUGUAGCCCUCGCUGCCCGGGUCUGACUAACUGGCGGCCACAGGUGCUUGGCAGCCUGGUAGCUUUUGGUUGCUGGGACCGAGAUUCCCGACGAGGGCAGCCUGGAGGAAAGGCCAGGUGGGCCGGCCAGGCUGCUCGGGCCUGGGCUGAGGCAGAACGUCAUGGCCAGGGGCGUGGUGGCGGACGGCUGCGCAGCCUGUGGUCGCCAGAAAGCAGAGUGGGCGUGAGGAGCCAGGGUCACCAGGCACCACCCCCAAUGGCCUGCCUCCUCAGCCAGGCCCCUGCCCACUGCCGUGCUGUACUGUCCUCCUGUAAAGCAGGCUUCACCCCGAGCUCCCACACUGACCGUCCUGAGCGUGCUGGGGACACUUCAUACCCAAACAACGGGCAGAAGUAAGAGCCAGCCAGGGGCAGGGGGAGGCCAACACUGCUGCUGGGGUGGGGUGCCCGCAGGGAGCUGGAGGGUCCCCGGAGCAGUGGGAUCCCUGGGGAGAGCCUGCAGAGGGCAGCCAAGCCCAGGACGGCUGAGAUGGCCGCCCUGAGCCCUGGAGGGCAACACUGGGGCUCUGCCCGGGGAGGAUGGCGGUGAGGAAUGUGCUCCUGAUUUGACAAGGAAUCCUGCGUCCCAAGGAAGAAGGCACAGAUGCCACAGAGCCGCUGUUUGCCUUGCUCUCCUCCCAGCCUGUCACCGUCCCCCUCCACCAGGUGCUGGGAGGGCCCCGUCCUCCCCUGGACCCUGGACCCUAACAUGGAGUCGGUGGGUCUGCGUUAAGAAUUCUAGGUUAUCAACCAUCAUGAACCGUUUCACAACCGAAGAACCCAAGAUAAACUGGGUCAGCUUUGUGUCACUGUGACAGAAGUACCCCCAAGAGCAACCUGGAGGAGGAGGGUCAGUGGGGCUUGGGGUUCCGAGGUUCAGUCCGAGGUUGGCGAACUCCGCUGCUCUGGGCCCCGGCCAGGCGGAGCGCAUGGAGGAAGGGUGUGGCCGGAGCUCUGCAGCCAGAGAGCAAGGGGAAGGGGCCACCGGGAGGAGGCCCCCUGCCAGGGCUCCCCCAGGGACUGCCCCAGCUGCCACCCAGUGGGCCACUCAGACGAGGGUGGACGGCCCAGGAGCGCCCCCUGAGCACUCCUGCCGGGCAGCCAUCUGCAGGGCCACCUCCUAUCGGACGUGGCAGAGCGUGCCAAGUCUUGGCCUCCUAGACUCGGGGCCCAGGUCUGCUUAUACCACGGAUCCAGGUCACCACCCUCAUCAAGAGACUCGCAACGAAGCACCUCACGCGUGGACCCCCUCCCGGGCGGUCACCGUGGCCUAUGGUACUUCGCGGUUUGGGAAGGAAACAGAUCCGUGAAUUUUCUCGCCCCACCGCCCAGAACUGGGGUUGGACCCAGGGUCACCCUCCACUGAGCUGCGCCUCUGGCCCAGGAUCCUGCUAAAUUACCCGGCUGACCCUGAACUUGGGAUCUUCCUGCUUCAGCCUCCAGCCUAGCCGGGACUGUAGCCCUGACUUGAAAAUGGUCGUCUGGACUUUUCUGUAGCGGUGGGUGGCCUCCUAAACCAGUGCAGGAUACUCCCCGGCCUCUGGUGAUGGACAGCAGCCAGGACUCUUGGCUGUAAGCAACAGAAACAGGCACUGGAUGGGAGAGGGGGCCAAGAUGGCUGGCCAGCGCCACAGCGGGCUGGUGGUGACGCCCUGCAGCCUCCACUGGCCGUCCAGGCUCACGGCCCUGGAAUGGGCUCUCUUUGCGCCCACUCCUCUCAGAGCACGACUGUGGGACUCCUGGUGACACUGGGGCCUGCACUGCAGCCGUGAGGGGGGCUGGGCACGCAGGUUUAUCCAGCUGCCCCGGUGUCACUCGGUGCCUCUGAAGAUGUGGCCCACACUUUGGAAGGCAGAUGCCACAGUACCCUUCUAGACUGCCCGUGGCCAGUCCUCAGCCCAGCGGUCCACGACACAAGAUCAGGCAGCGGGGCUGGGCAGGAAGCUGCCCGCAGUGUCCAUGGCUGUCUCCAGAACAUGGCUCCGUUCGCCUCUGAACCCAAUGGUCCUGGGCGGCUGUCCUGAGCACUGCAGGACCGUCAACAGGAGCCUGGCCUCCCCUGCCCGGUGCUGGGUGCACCCCUCCCCAACACGGUGACAAGCCAAGCUUUGUCCAGACGUUGCCAAGUCCCCUUCCAGCUGCGGACCACUGCUGUAAGUGGGGGGCUCCUUCCUUUGGAACGACAUCCAGGACGUAAACACCAGCUGCUGUGGACAGGACAUCAACUCUAACGGAUCCUCAUGGGAACUGAGCAGUCUGACUCCCAAAUGCAUGUGAAAAAGCGACCCUCAACAUCAGGGCACUGUCCGCACACACCACAGUUCCAUGUGGAGGCAGAUGACCAGCUCAGAGCCUCGCGGGGACCCCACCACCCUGCGAUGGGGACUGGUCUUUGCAGAGGCUUGGCCACGUUCUGUAGUUACCCUUGAUUCCCCCCUUCACCCCACAUCCAAUGGAGGCAGCCCCUGACCCUGACUGUGGCUCACCCACCACUGCGGACCCCCUCGGUCUUGGACGGGACUCCUUCUCGUGCCCAGCAAACACCGAGGAGUGUCACAGGAGUGUGCGAACGUGGCCAGGCACUGCCAUCAACAGGGAAAGGAUGGUGGACAUGACGCUGGGUCUCCACCUCCUAGACCCAGGGCACUGAAGGCACUGGACUUUCUCCACCCAAGGCCUCACUGGAGGCCACUGGGCCUCUGUCUUCUCCAGAGAAGGCUCUUGCGGAUCUGCCUGGGGAGAGGAGGGAAGUCCUGGGGUGGCAGCUGCGCUCUGGGCAGGUGGUGUGCUGCCCGGUAAAUGCAAACUUGGUUCACAGCUAGGUGGAGCUCCCUGGCCUCUCCCCUAGAGCUCCUGCCACAACCCGCCCUGCUCAUUCCUGUCCCGGGCAAGUUCAGCGACUUUCAAAGACUUUCAAGUCCUGCAGGGGCAAGCGCUUCUCUGCACCUCACCUGCAGCUCCCUCCCCUGUCUGGGCCCCAAAGGUUGAAGGGCGCGUCCAUGCACCCUGCAAAGCCAGAAGCCACAGGAGAGACGGACACGCUAGCCGAAUCCCACACACAGAGGACACCCUGGGGGAGACAUCCACAAGGCAAGUCCAGCAGCCAGUUCUAACUUGUGGACCUCUUCUACACAUCUAAGGAGGCACUAACCAGAGAGAAUCGGGAAGGGACACAAACACUGAGGAGGUGGGUCACAGGAGCUGCCCUGGAGAGGUGUGUCUUCCCUGCAACCCCUUCCCCAAACCCUCUGCUCCCUGGCCAUCAUGCACAUGCAACCCCUCGCCCUCCCACCAUGAUGCCCAGAGCAACGGAGCUGGCCCCCGUGGACUGAGUCUCUGCAACUGUGAGCCCAAACACACUCCUCGUCUAGGUUGGUCUAGUUGGUAUUUUGGUCAAUGCAGAGCUAACACAGCUGUCCACGCAGCGUUCCCUGUGUCAGGCAUGGCAAGCUGUCUGGAGAGGCGUUCAGGGGCACAGGCCACAUGCAGGGACACCCCUUCACACAAGGACUGGACCGUCCUGGGAUUUGGGUGUCCUGGAACCAGUGCCCCAGGCACCGAGGGCGGCUGCACUGUGCUCCCUUGGGUGUGUUUCCUGGAGGGUGACUGACGGUACCUUGGCUGGGGACACGGGGAUCAGUACCCUCACAGUGGUGGGCUUGGGGAAGGGACCAGGAGACAGGGAGGAAACUUCCUUUAUGUCUGUAUAUUGUUUCUAUUUCUUUGCAUGUUUGAUCUGUAAGAAAAAGAGCUGUGACCGGCACACGGAGGUCCCCGUCUGUCCUGGGCUGGCUGCUGUUGGUGCUCUGGGGAGUGGGUCUGUGUCCCUGGUGCUGCUCCUUGAGUCCCUGCUCCGGGAACGCGUGUUCUAGCACUGGACAGAGAACCUUCUAGGAACGACCUGCUCCGUGGCUGGAUCCUCGUGCCCUGGGACUGAGGCUUCGUGGAGGAGCGUAUGGGGCCCUGACCCACCACCACUGUGUCCGCCCAGCCUCUGGCGCUGGCCCCUUCCCUGCUCUCCACGUGGGCCUCUGCCUGCAGGUGUGCUGGACCCACCGUCUCUGCAGUCACUAAAACACAAAAUCAGGACAUACCAUUCUUUCCUGAGACUGUCUUUUCUUUACAACUUGACAUGAGUGCAGGUGUCCAGCCCACUGACCAACAGUUAAAUGGACUCCCUCCUCACCUCCCUUGGCCCCAACUCCCAUCUUCUGAAGCGUCCCCCGCAGACCUAACUGCCCUGAGCGUCCCCAGAGACCUGAGUGCUGCAGUCAAGGUGAGGAGCAGGUGUGCCAGCCACGUCCUCAAUGCUGCCUCGAGAGGCCCGGUGUCCAGGGGACCUCGUGGAUGCACCCUCCCUCUCCCAGAGGCCUGCUCUGCCAGACCCAGUGUGCGGGGGAGGGCUGCCGGGUGGAAGAGGGCCUCUGGAACCCGGGCUCUGGGCCUGGCCACCUCCCCACAGGCAAGAACACCUGCAGGGCUGGCCACGGCCACAGACCCAGUGCCCCGAGGCCCGGCUGAGGACACUACAGGUGAAGGGCAUAGAGCAGCUGAAGAAAGCAGAGGCCUGGCUGGGGUGUCCUGAGGACGCCACAGAUGAGCUGCCUGAGGGCGGCUCCGUGUCCCUGUGCCUGGGCCCUUGUCUCCCAGGCAGGCAGCCUGCCAGGGGAAACGGGACGGACAGUCUGCCCGAGGGCACCCAGGACCUGGCAGUGGCCACAGUGUCUGGCCGUGUCUCCAGAGCAGUGGUCCCAUCCGAGAGUCCUUGGGUCCGAGGAGCCAAAGCCCUGCACUGGCCAUGUCAGCUGCUCGGUACUGACCAGACCUGGCCUGUGGGCUGCCUGGAGAGGAGGCCACAGCGCCCCGUCGCCCACGUCACCUGGCCUCGUUGUCUCCCAGCACUAACGUGCCAUCGCCAGCUGCAAGGCCACACCUCAGUGACCACGCACCCCAGCCUCUCUCCUGGGCCUAGUACAAAACAAGAGGGGGUUUGAACCGGGGCUCGGCCCCUGCCAGGGUGCCCAGGAGACCCCGUCCUGAAGCCCUCCCAGCUGAAUGGCCACUGCUUCCCCCAGGAGGCCCUGGGCCUCACCUUCCACAGUGUCCUGCUGGUCAGCUGGAACAAACUCCUCGCUGGCCAUCAAUCUCCCAGACAGCCCCGAGGGUGGGAAAGACCCAUAAAGCUCACACUUGAAUAGUGCCCACCAGGCCCUUCCCCUUGUAAACCCCACAACCCAGCUGGAGGGCCAUGGUCAUUGUGCACAGUGACAGUGACCAGGAGGGGUGGAGGCCCUGCCCCCCACCGAGCUCGGCCUCUGGGAACUGCCCUGGGAGGCCCCCGCAGCCCACCGGGACCCCACCCCCACUCCCAGACGUCUGGCACCUGACCUUGGGCCUGGGCGGCUCUCAGUGCUCUCAGCUUGGUGUCCCCACCUGUGGAGUCCUCCUGUGGGUGGCCCUCGCAGCAGGGCCUGAGAUAGUCCACCAGAACAUCCCAAGGCUGGCUCCCCACAAAGCCACCGUGCUCUGAAGCCAGAGUUCCUUCUGGGGACCAGUGUGACAGGCCCCGCCCGCCCACAGCCGAGCACCCAGGCUGUGUGGAAGGUGCAUGUGGAAGGUGCUGCCGGGUCAGAGGAGCCUUGUUCACAGGCUGACCCCGUCCAGGCAGCACCCGCCUCACGGUGGCUCCCUCCACAGCACCGGGAGGAUCUUGGAUGUCUCUGCUCCAGGUGAGGGCACCUUGCUUGUGCUGUAGACGACUACUUUGAUGUUUUGAUUUGAAAUUCCAAUAAAAACAAGUGUUUUUAAA